CCUGCGGCCACCCCUCCGCGGUGGCCCGCCGCGUCUCUGCUUCAGUCUCUCGGUUUCUCGAUGCCGCGGGUGUUGGUCUGCGCUCUCUCGCCGGUGCUCCCUAGCGCGCUCGCCUGUCUCCCCCGCCUCCCGUCGGAGAUGAGGCUGGGGUGAGUGCCCCCCCCCGCCUGCCUGCUCAGCCUGCUGCAGCACCAGCACCGCCAGGCGCUGCCGCGUCCUGAGGACCCUCAGACUGACCCCCGGCGCCCUGGAGAGCAGCAGCAACCACCGCUUGUAGCCCAUCGCCAUGGACCCCCCAUCCCUGGACGCAGCCAUCCAACACGCGCUGGCAGGCCUCUACCCCCCUUUUGAGGCCACGGCACCCACGGUCCUGGCUCAGGUGUUCCGUCUCCUGGAUUCUGACUUCCACGGGGACGGGCUGAGCUUCCUCCUGGAUUUCCUGAUCCCUGCCAAGCGCCUGUGUGAGCAAGUACGCGAAACAGCCUGUGCUCCGUACUCACACUGCCUCUUCCUGCACGCGGGCUGGCCACUCUGCCUGCAGGGCGAGGUCGUGGUCCACCUGGCACCCCUCAACCCCCUCUUACUGCGCCAGGGAGACUUCUACCUCCAAGUGGAACUCCAGGAGGAGCAGUCUGUCAGCAUCAUGGUCAAACGUCUCUCCUCGGACCUCCGCACAGUGGACACGAAACCUGUUCCUGCAUCAUCUUACCCGAUGCUUUUCACCCAAGCAUGGCUGGAGGCCGUCAACAGUGACUUUGAGGGAAGUCCCCUCCACAGCUGCCUGGUAGCGUCUGAGGAUGGGGUUGCCCCCGUGCCCUGGACGAAGAUAGCCAGUCCAGAGUUUGUGGAUGACAGGCCCCACGCCCUGAAUGCUCUCUCCCCAGCCUGGGGGUCCCUUCAGUUAGAGGCUCUUGAUUUGAGCAGCCCUCAAGAGCUGCAGCCGGGCAGGCCCUCGGGCAGCCAGGAGCUUCUUGCGCGGAGUUUGACCAAGGGUAGAAGCAGGACUUACAGCAACAAGUACCCGGGGCUCAUCAAGGUGGAACAAGCCAAGCCUGGGGAGGUGGCUCUCAGGUUGCAUGAUGUGGUCAUCCAGGACUUGGAGGGAGAAUAUGUAGCUCUCCUGGGCUUUUCCCAAAAGAGCAGAGGGCAGUCUCCCAGUGGGGAGGAGGAGACGGCCAGUGUGUGUCCUCGCGGGGUGCUGAGGGAGCUGCCCGGCACUAAGGAGAGCCCUUUCCCUCAAGGGAGGCUGCCUUCCUCAGGGGCCCCUGGGAGGCCUGCCAUGGAAACAGGGCCUGGCUGGAAAGCCGCCAGCUCGGAGGAGCAGCCCUCAGGCUUGAGGACAAGGGUCCGUGAAGCUCCCACCCAUGAGUCAGAGCCUGAGCUCCAAGAACCCUGCCUCAGUGUCCUCGAGAAGCCACUGCGUUGUGCCUCUGGCCUCGAGACGAGUGUCUCAGAGGAGCCAGCUGCCUCUAAGAUGCGGGGACCCCUGGGGAGCCCAGACAACAUGUGCCAACUCAGGCCCGAAGCAAAGCACACGUCCUCCAGCCGCCUGCAUCCGGCUUCUGCUGCUCCGGAAACCCCGGUGGAAGAGAGGACGGACGAAGGAAGCGGGAAGCUUUCUAAACCCGUGGCCGGCCUCAGUCCAAUCACUUCCAGACCCCCCACUCCUGUGCUCAAAUUCUCAUUCCUUAGAGGGCAGAGACCAGCGUCUGAGUCCCCAGAGAGAGCCUCCCUCCAGCAUGAAGGGCCCUGGAGAGUCUUGUGCUCACUCUACUCAUCCAAAGCCGAUCGAGCCAAGCGCCUGGGGAAAGCUGGAACAACUCAGGCCAAAGCAUCUGGCCUGGCUGCUGGCUCAGACCCACUGACCAUGGAGAAAGUUGGUUUCCAAGAAGCUUCUGCCAGCCAUCCAGAAAGCAGCCCCUCUCUGGAUGGCGAGCCCUCAGGCCCGGAGCCCAGGAUUGGGGCUCUGAGCACGGAGCUCUUGCACUCCGGGAUAGCGUGCCUCCCAGGCUGUCGGGACAGGACGGGGCGCCCCUUGCUUCUGGUGUCGACCAAGGAGGAGGUCUGGGAGGCGCCCUGGUGCAGCCCCCCACAGGUCACCAAGUUGCUCUCCUACCUGUGCGCCAUCCCCAGGUCUGAAGAUAAAACCAAGGGGCUGGCAGUUGUGAUCGAUGCCAGGAAGCAACUCCCAAAGCCUGCUCUGCUCAGCGCCCUUCAGGCCACACAGGCCCUGAUGCCAGGUUCCAUCUGUGCCUUGCUUUUCCUGGGGGAGAAGGCAGCCGCUCUCCAGCUGGAGAAGUUACCUGCCAUCCAGGUAGAGGUCCUGACCUCACUGAAGGCCCUCAGCCACCAUGUGGAUUCCAGCCAGCUGCCCGGAGCCCUGGAAGGCCCCUUCCCCUACUGUCACAGCGAGUGGGUGCAAUUCUUCCAGAAGUUGGACCCUUUCCUCACUGACCUCUGCCAGUCCUCCUCCCUGCUCCGGGCGUCCAUCAAGGAGUUUGAGAAGGAGGACCCUCCUGGUGGGGUGCAGGAUGCCUCCCAGUGUCUACGCAAGUCCAAGGAGCUGAUGGAAGCUGUGUUGAGGGACCCAGGGCUGUUGGACCUCCAGCGAGAAGGUGGAGCCACCCUGGCCAGGCUGCAGCAGGAGGCCAGCAAGAUGGACUUCAACCCCGACAUCAGGAGCCAUCUGGCUGAAGCCACGGCUCUGUACAGCCUCGUGGAUGAGCAGCUGCAUGUCCUGGUCACUGCGUCCAACCACCGCCUGGGGAGACUGGAGCUCCGCGUCCGCCUGGGCCACCUGGAGGCUGCCAUCCACCAGGUCAGCAACUGGAUGGAGCAGGAAGGAAGCUGGGGCCUGCAGGUGCUGACGCCCAAGGACAGGAGCAUGGAGGCGGUGGAGAAAGCCCAUGCGAAGUUUGAGGACUUCUUCCUCCAAGCCGCAGCCCAGUACCGCUGUGGUCUGGAGCUGUCCAAGCAGGCGGCCCAGCUGGGAGCGGCAGCCGGAGGGACUGGUGACGCUGGGGGGGCAGGGCUCCCGGAGCUGACAAGCUUCACCGCCACCCAGAGGGCCUUUCAGGCCAAGCUGACCCACUUCUACAUGGCGGCGGAGCGGCAGCGCACGGACCUGGAGACACUGCUGCACCUGCACCACUUCUGCAAAAAGAUGACCUGGUUCCACAUGGACUGUCAGGACCUGCUGGCCCAGCUCAGUCUGGGCAAAGCCCAGCGGGCCAGCCCUGGGGACCAGCGCCGGCUGCAGCGUUACCUACAGCGGCUGGUGUCCGAGUUCCCCGCCGAGAAGCUCGUCGCCAUGGGGCUGCAGGUGGCCUCCCUGAGCCGGGAAGACCUGGGCCGGGACCUGUGGGAGGAGGCCCAGGUGAGACACGAGGAGAUCCAGGCCCUCCUGAAGAAGGCCUUGGCUCACUGUCCAUGCCCGGCGGGGUCCAGCUCCCACUUGGCACAGCUGGAACUAAGGGGGGCAGCCUCCAAGGGCCAGGGUUGGAGUAGCGGAGUCGCUUCCAGGGGACGGCCAGCCCUGCCCCCCCGGGACACACUGGGCCUGAAUCCUUCAUCAAAGUCCUCUUGGGCUCCUCCAGCCCCCAAAGGGGCGCACAACAGAAAUGUCCAGGCAGGCGCUCCACUCCAGGAGUCUGCUCAGGCCGCAGAGGCUGAGGAAGCCAAAGAUCCCCGCGAGGCCCUGGACCUUGCCCCUGAGCGUUUUCUCGCCACCGUUUUCCCCUGGCAGCGGCUCUCAGGGCGGGGUCAGAGUCCCCACCCCACCUCGGGCAGCUUCUCCUCUGAAGGCACCGACUCGCAGACAUCUCUGGAGGACUCUCCCCAGACAAGUCCCCCGGCUUCCCUCUAACGGGGGCCCUCACCAACCACACCAGGCCCCGGAGAGUGGCAGCUAGGGUUCAGCUGCAAAGAGAGCUGGGGGGCCCCGGCCAGUCCCAUCAGGAUAGGGCCCCUGAGCAUUCAGAGUGUUGGAGCGCAGAAACUGGACCUGCCCUGGCUCCAGGAACCUGCUGGAAGACCUGACUCAUCCAUACGGAGUGGUGAGAGGGCAGGACGAGGCAGGGCACGCAACCGGCUCUAGAAAGAGCUGUCGGUACAGAGCCCCACCACCACCACCACCAGGGGUCUUGCUGUCAGGCAGCCCAGAGUUUGGGGCACACAUGCUUUGCUGGGGGGCACCAAGGGGCAUCAUGACUGUCAUCUGGAAUCAGGGUGGGAAGGUUUAGAUGAGUUCUCGUCUCGAGGUCCAGGGAAGCAGGCCCUGAACAAGGGUCCCAGGGCACAUCUAGUUGGCAAUGAUGCCAGGGACACUGGACAAGCCGGGCAGUAAGUCCAGGAAGGGAAAGGGGGUGUUGUCCACAGGGGGUUUAUCUGCAGGCUCAACUGGCCUCGGGCAGAGCAAACCCGGGGCCGCCUGCUGGAGGCCAGAUGUGCACAUGUCCAGGGCUAAGGAGGGAAUGUUGCUGCCCUCGGUUCUCACGUGUCCUCUGGCCAUGUGGGACCAUCGGGCUCAAGCGCAAGAACCUCUCCCGGAGCCAUGUCCUGGCAUUGCAGGGAGAGGCACUCCUCUCCCCUGCGAGGCUCCUACCAUCUUCCCCUUCCCACUGGGUCCCUUGAACUCCUCAACUUCCACCUCUGUCCCACUUCUCCUUAGAUGUGGCCUCUGGAAGCCAGUGUCUUAGGGUCUUGCAGGUCAUGAGAACCAGAAAAAUGAUGGGAGUCCUGGCCGCAUCCAGCAGGUGGUGGUGAAGGGACAGCUGCGGUAGGCUUCACGCCUCUGCUCACGGAGAAUCUAGAGGCCAACAGCGCUUCACACCACCCAGUCACCCCUGCGAGCCCCUGCCCCGAGUGUCACCGUCCGCAGUGAGUCUGCCUGUCUCUGCUGCCGGUGACUACCAGGAUGGCUUUCUGGUGGCCCAGCCCUGAGACGUCCCUGGCUCUGCAAAGUUGGGGGGGGGGGACACAUUCCCUCUCACAAGUGAGACCGUGAAGCUGCGGGAGGCAGGCCCGGAGCAGGCCCCCAGCGGACAAAACAUUUCUCAGAGUCAUCUCGGUAGAGAGCCACACAAACCUCACACCCCGCGAUGCACCAGGAAUCUCCUAAGACUGAAGAUCCCUGCCGUGUGUGGUCCGGGCCUGUCUGCUCAAAACUGUGAGCAGAGGGGAUCAGAGGAAGCUUCCUAGGGAACCCCACCCCAGAUCAUUAAAACCAGCCCCUUCGGGGUGAUUUGAAUCUGAA